AUGGUCAGUCUGCAGACCGGUGCCGACUGUGCCUGCACCAAGCUGGCUGCCGAAUUCGAGGCCAGCUCGGUUCUGUUCGCGGAAUCGACCAACUACACGACCCAGACCUUGGCCUACUGGGACAAGCGAGCCGUCUUGGAGCCGAAAUGCAUCUUCCUCCCCACCAGCGCGGAAGACGUUGCUACCGCCGUCAAGACGUUCGCCUCCUGCGGUACCCAGUUCGCCGUCCGUGGUGGCGGACACAUGAACAACCCGGGUUCGAACAGUAUAGAGGGCGGUGUCCUGCUCGCGUUCGACAACAUGGCGACCGUCCGAGUCUCGGCCGACAACAAUACUGUCCAUGUCGGCCCCGGAGCUAGAUGGGAAGACGUCUAUUCCGGCCUGGACCCCUACGGUCUCUACUGUGUCGGCGGUCGCAUGAAGACCAUCGGCGUCGCUGGUCUGGAGCUGAUCGGCGGAUUCCACUACUUCAACAACAAGUAUGGCAUGUCGAUGGACAAUGUCGCCAGCUACGACGUCGUCCUCGGCAACGGCACCCAGGUCACCGCCAAUGCCACCUCCCAUCCCGACCUCUUCUGGGGUCUCAAGGGUGGCUCCAGCAACUUUGGCAUCGUCACCAAUUUCGAGAUCAAGACCCUACCCAUCACGAAGGUCAGCACGACGAUACAGGUAUUCGAUGACUCUGCGAUGCGGGACUUUAUCGAAGCCACCGUCAACCUGGCUCUGCGAGACGGACCCGACAUCGCCGCAGGCAGCAUCAUCACAAUCUCUCGCAACGUCACGACAGGGACUACUUCUGCCCUGCUGCUCGGCGUGCAGGAGGGAGAGGAAUCACCACCUUCGCGUUUCUCCGGCUUCUCCGCCAUCCCUUCGACGUCGAGCCAGAACAAUGUCUCGAAGCCGAUCGAAUGGCACUCCAAGCUAGAUUCGCCAUUCCAGCUUUCUCGUGUUCAAUUCGGCCAUGGGACGAUAAAGCCUAAUGCCGCGCAACUAUACCGGAUCUUUGAGUCGUGGAGGGAUGCGGUCGACGACAUUGCCGAUGUCGAGGGCGUCAACCCGACCUUUGUACUCAACCUCCUCCCGAAGAGUGCCCUGAGCGUGGCGAAGAACAAUGGUAUCGGAAACACCUGGGGCCUGGAGGAUGACCAGGCUUAUAUACUGUGGCAGCUGGUGACCAACUGGGACAAUGCUGUCGACGAUAUCCGCAUCACCAACUGGGCUCGCAGGAUCAUCGACCAUUGGCAGGCGGACAAUGAGGCCAAGGGUCUCGCACACCCGUUCCUCUACGCCGGCGAUGCUGCCGAAUACCAGGACGUAUUUGCGACCUUCCCCUCGGAAAGCCGGAAAAGAAUGAACCUCGUCCGCAAGGAGUAUGACCCUCUGGAGGUAUUCUCUCGCCUGAACUGGGGAGGGUUCAAGUUGUUCACCAUCUAG